AUGGAUAUCUCCCCCGAUGAAGCCUCAAGAGCGGCUGACGCUGCGAACAUCAUCUCGGAAUUUGUUGCUCACGAGCAAGUCCGCACUCUGUCAGAUCUGCAACGGGCUCUCUUCGGCUUUUCGGCGACCAAGAAGCAGCUGGAUGCCAAUAAUAUUCCAAGUUCUGUGGCGGUAGUUGUUUUGUGCGGCUCUGCAAUUUUAUCCAUUGUAGAUACUGUCGUAUCAUCAGUGACGAGAUUGGUAGAAGCAACGACUCGACAUCCCAAGUACAAUAGCAUUAUUAGCCAAGUUCAGGGACAACCAGAGGCUCGGGUCUUCCAGACCAUUGUCGAGCAAUUCUUCCACCUCGAGGUUGAAAAGGACUGCCUCACAACCGUCGGCAAGCACCCAACACAAAAGCUCACUAUUUUGGUUGAGGAUGCCUCGACAAAUUGUGCACUAAAUGCUGUGUACACAAGAAAGGUGUUAGACCAGCAUGGAUACACGUCACCAUGUUCUAUUGUCGUCGCUCAAGACCCAACCAUGUGUCGGCGUACGGUUGCUGCGUUUGAGCAAGUCUACUCUGAUAAGAUGGAUGAUACUCCUGUCUUUGCCGGCUGGCCAACCUUCGUGCCCAGGGUGGCGGCUCAAGGCUCUAGAGCUCAGAACCAAGCGGGCGGCCUCACUUCUUACUUGCGGUAUGACAUUGCUGAGUUUGACAAGAACCAAAAUGAUGGUCUUUGGAGUAUGGGACGACUGAUGUCUCUACUUGUUGGCGAAAUUCCACGAAUGAGAGACAAUGAGAAUGGAUACGGGCCACGAGGCAAAGGCUCCAUCGUCCAUGUUGAUAUACCGCAAGACGUCGAGGAUGCAUGGAUUAUACUCGGAGACACACUUGGCCAGAAGAUGCGGUAG